UUUAGAGUUUCUGUACCUUGGAGGGAAUUUCAUUACUUCAAUUCCACCUGAAUUAGCAAACCUGCCUUCUCUAAGCUAUCUAGUUCUGUGUGACAACAAGAUCCAGAGCAUUCCACCUCAGCUGGCACAGCUGCAUUCCCUGCGUUCCCUUAGCCUGCACAAUAACCUGCUGACUUACCUUCCUCGAGAGAUUCUCAACCUGGUUCACCUGGAAGAGCUGAGCUUGCGUGGGAACCCACUGGUGGUUCGGUUUGUCCGUGACCUGACCUACAACCCCCCAAGCCUUCAGGAACUGGCUGGACGCACAAUUAAAACGCGCAAUGUUCCCUACGCUCCCAGUGAUCUCCCAGAGAACCUUGUCCGGUACCUGAGCUUGGCCAGCAACUGUCCCAAUCCUAAAUGUGGGGGUGUCUAUUUUGACAGCUGCGUCAGACAAAUCAAGUUCGUUGACUUCUGUGGGAAGUAUCGCCUCCCGCUGAUGCACUACCUGUGCUCCCCAGAGUGCUCCUCUCCGUGCAGCUCUGCCUCCCAGAGCUCUACUUCCCAGAGCGAGUCUGACUCCGAGGACGAAGCCAGCGUCGCUGCGCGCAGGAUGCAGAAGGUCCUUCUGGGAUAACAGGGAGCGAGAGGGGAAGACUGGAAGGAAACGCAGUUGAAAAGCAAUAAUGGAACAGCAAAGCAUGAGCCUCUGGCCUGAAGGGCUCACAAGAAACUGUCCUCAAGUCCAUGUAAGGGACAGAACUUCUGAGCAAGCCUAGACUUGCUUGGUGCAGUGCUACUUAGCAGAACUAACUCAGUGGCACACUGCCUGUAGGGUGCCUGGGGUUGUUAGAAACCUCUGCUCUCUGGGAGACACCCCUCCCUCGUAUGGGCUGGGAGGGGGAUUUCUUCUCACUGGCGGAUUGAGAAGGGUUUUAAUAGAUGACACUUCGUGGGACUUCAGUCAUCCUGCAGACAAAGGAGACUGUCCAGGUCUUUUAACACUGUGGUAAAUCAGAAACAGGCUAAUGAUGCCAUGUGAGUAUGUAUGGACCCCAGUGUUUUCUGUAGCAUUUUGAUUCUUUGCUGUCUCCUUUGAUUUCAGCUACA